AUGGACACCGAAAUGAAAAAACAAGACAUAGACGUGGGAAGUGCUAUGGAGACUAUGAAGGUCUGCAUAGAUAUGGCAAGCCUUGAAGAAAAGAGGAUCAACAAGGUGUGCAGAGAGUUCUAUGAAUAUGGAAAGACCUUCAUCGAUAAUUUGCAACGAGAAGUGGUCUUACCUAAAAAGAUUGAGAGCAUAACAACUCUAAGAAAUCCAUCUGGCCAAGGUACAAAGAAGUGGAGCAGGUAUAAGAUGAUUAUCCAUCUCAGGAACUUUUACCUUGAAGCCACACAUCAACAGUUGGAAAAGGUUGUCCAAUUCCUCAAGAACUUCCCCCAUGUUGAAAUUAACCUAAGCAUUCAGAAUUAA